AGCUACUGUGAUGUGGCGUUAUUAAUCCGACUGAGAUUCUACAACGGAACCGUUACCAAGAGAGGGGAGGACGACCCGAACCGAACUGACUGCUUAUAAACUCAAACACCUACCGAAACGUCAGAAAUGGACCAACGGAACCAGUUAAAGAAGAGAACCGGAGCUGCGCAGCGUGCGAGCUGAACUUUUAGCGGGGAGUUUAGUUGUUUAGGUGGGAGACGGUGAGAGUUGACGGCCGGGCGGUCGGUCGGUCCUCCGGGGAGCCAACAUGGAUGUCCUGGGAGAACCGGGGCGCCUCUGAGGAACACUUCCGGCCAUUUCUGGGUUACUGGACCCGAACAGUUCUUCUGGAGCAGCGCGGAGAGGUUCUGAAGCAGGGCUCAGUUCACCAGAUGUUCAGGCUGGGGCGCCGGGACGUCCCGCAGCCGGACCCGCCGGGCCUGGACCCGGACCCGCUCACCGCAGCCCCCAUGGGGCCCAACAUCUCAUGGCUCCCCGACGCGCCGCUGCUGGGAUCGGACCGGCCCACCUUCCUGAUGUCGCCGGCGGCGCAGGCGGUGUCCGGCUUCUUCGUCUGGACCGCGCUCAUCCUCACCUGUCACCAGAUCUACAUGCACCUGCGGUUCUACAGCGCGCCGCAGGAGCAGCGCCACAUCGUCAGGAUCCUCUUCAUCGUUCCCAUCUACGCCCUGGACUCCUGGCUCAGCCUCCUCUUCCUCACCAACGACCAGUUCUACGUUUACUGUGACAGCGUCAGGGACUGCUACGAAGCGUUUGUGAUUUAUAACUUCCUGAGUCUUUGCUUCGAGUAUCUGGGUGGAGAGAGCGCCAUCAUGGCGGAGGUCCGGGGGAAACCUAUAGAGUCCAGCUGUUGCUACGGUACCUGCUGCCUGCGCGGCCGCCCGUUCUCCAUCGGGUUCCUGCGGUUCUGUAAGCAGGCCACGCUGCAGUUCUGCGUGGUGAAGCCGCUGAUGGCCGCCAUCGCCGUGCUGCUGCAGGCCUGCGGCAGAUACAGAGACGGAGACUUCGACGUUGCCGGCGGUUACCUGUACGUCUCCAUCGUGUACAACAUCUCCGUCAGCCUGGCGCUCUACGCGCUCUUCCUCUUCUACUCCUCCACCAGAGAGCUGCUGAGCCCCUACAGGCCCAUGCUCAAGUUCCUCACCGUCAAGUCCGUCAUCUUCCUCUCCUUCUGGCAGGGCAUGUUGCUGGCCAUCCUGGAGAAAUGCGGGGCCAUUCCUCAGAUCAACUCUCCGGAGGUUUCGGUGGGCGAGGGCACGGUCGCUGCCGGUUACCAGAACUUCAUCAUCUGCAUAGAGAUGUUUUUUGCAGCUCUGGCCCUUCGGCACGCUUUCACCUACAAGGUCUACAUGGACAAAAGCCUCAACUCCACAGGAUUUCUUUCUACAUACGGAGAGUUUGGCCGCUGCGCCCCGAUGAAGAGCAUCUCCAGCAGCCUGAAGGAGACGAUGAGCCCCGGCGACAUGGUCCAGGACGCCAUCCACAACUUCUCGCCGGCGUACCAGCAGUACACGCAGCAGGCCACGCUGGAGCGGGGGGCGCCGCCGCCGCGGGCGCCACGCCCCGCCGCCGCACUCGGCGCCCGCAGCGACACGGAGAAAACGCUGCUGCUCAGCUCAGAUGACGAGUUCUAGAGCCGAACGCUUUCUGCUGUCAGACUGAAAACUAAAGAGAAUCAAACCCGACGCAGACCGGUUGGUUAUUCUGGGAGGAUUAAUGGGAAAAUCAGGAACCUUCAUGCAGAAACUGGAGCAAAACACUCAGACGUCUGAGUCUGUGGAAACUCAGCCUGAUUUAAACCUCAACAGUUUAAAUCCUUUAAUAUAACCUCAUUUUUAUAUUUUUACUUUUUCUUCCUAAAUAUGUUGCUCAGUCGAAAUCUAUUCUUUAAAACUGAUUGUUUCUCUUAAAAUAUCUUCUUCAGAUUGUUUUACCAAACGAUGGAACGAUCUGAAAAUCUAGGCCAAUACUGAUAUCAGUUAAAUAUUGAUAUUGAUAAUUUUUUUGUUGUUGUUGCAUGAUGUGAUCAAACAGCAUGAUAGGAAUAAACAUCAGUUAUUAAUAUCAGCCCAGCUUUACUUAUUGGUCCAAUAUGUUAAUAAAUGACUAAGAUCGGCAGAUUACAACAUUAAUUGCGAUAAAAACGUGCGCUCCUGGUGCGGUGCACCGACAAAUCGGCUCUGAUUUCCUUUAAUUUGAGAAAUCGGCCGAUGCGUCUGAUCUUCCUCCACAGAGAUCUGAAAGUCUGGAUGUAAACAACCGUCACUCUCUGUUGCAAACUUAGCGAUUUUUCUUGCUAUAUUUAUUGACUUUUCAGAUAAAAAAUCGGUAUCGGUGAAAAUCGUCAGGAGAUAAACAUCGAUGAUCGGCCCAAAAACUGCAGCUUUGAUUCCUGGUCGUCUCCCUGCUCUUAAAUCUAGAUAUUUAAGAUAAUUUUAGCCAUGAGUGGCUUAAAAAUGUGACAUUUAACUUAAUUUUGUUGAAAUGAUUUGGUUUAUAAAUCCAGGUUGACGUGCUGCUUCCAGGUUUGUUUCAUGGAUACAAUCAGCUGACACCGAGGUCACCAGCAUUGAUUCGCAUCAUUGAUAUUCACACCAGUUCGAUAACUGAGUCAAAGGUCACUGCAGCUUUUAUUGACGAUGGUUUUUAUCUUUGGAUAAUUAUCAUUUCUAAGUUUUAAUGCAGGAAAAGCAGCGACUCUGAAUCCAGACGAUCCAGAAACUGGAAAUUUUCACUGAUUUCUUCUGGACUUUAAAAGUUUAAACGUUUAAAUCUCUGCCGGUCAGCAUUGCAACAUUGUUUUUUAUUUUUGUUGUUGUUUCUGUAACAGUCAGGCCCUGAAACUCCAUCAGACUCAGUUAAAAAGUGAACAUAAAGUUUAAAUUUCCUGUUUUUCUUCCAUUUGGAAGCACUUUUUUCUCCCUCCGGAGCUUUUCAUGUGGUUUUUGUUUAGAUCUCGCCACAAGCAGCUGCUCUUUCUUUUUUUUACUCAUAAUUGGACUUGUUGAGUCAUCUGGAUGAGUCAUGGUGAAAAUGCCAACUUGUUUACUUGGUACUUUCACUGCUGCGCUGUAGUUCAGGCCGUGGCCACCAGAGGGCGCGCUAAGAGGCGCGCUGCCUGUUUAGGAUCAUUUUAACGCUUGUUUUGGUGACGUGUGUUCAGCCCAGAGAAAAUCUAAGAUGUUAACCUGAUUCCUUUUGUAUUUUUAUUUGAGUAACUUUGUUUUUAGUUGUUUCAGUCGCUGCUGUGAUGAACAGAGGAAUAAAAUAAAAACUUAUUGGGUUUGAA